AAGCACCCGACCCACACCUUACGAAACCCCCGAUUUACUCCCAACAAAAAUUCAAAAAAAAAACCUAAACAAAUAAAUUUAAAAAAACAACGAAAAUACGCAGUUACGCCGGGUUGAAAGUACUUCUGAAAAAAAGAGUUCUCUCUCUACUCUUGAUACGCACACGCCGGAAUUGCAAGUCUGCAGCGUUCCAUUUCAUUGAAAUGCCGAGGAUCGGGCGUAUUUGGUUGCGAUAAAAAAAGUUUAACAUAAAAUAGCCGUGGGAAAGAAAGUCCCCAAGUGCCUGUUAAAGUUUUACAAUUUGUUAUACCCCCAUUUGGAUAAAUAAGUGAUAAAAAUUGAAUGAAGAAAGCCAUUGGAACUUUGCGGCAUUGAAAGAAUGGAGGGUUGAAUUGGUGCUGAUAAAUCUCACUCGAUGCCAGAACUUUUGGUGGAAAAGCUUCUACUGGGAGAGCCAUGAACGCAUCUGUUAUUGAAGUUCUUCAGCAGGCGAGCAGUCAAGAUCCUAAUGUCUUCAAACCGGCUGAACAGAUGCUCAGUGAGUGGGAGACGCAGAGAGGAUUUUAUACAACACUUUAUAAUGUCUUCUCCAAUUAUUCAUUAUCGGUGAAUGUCAGGUGGAUGGCAGUCCUCUGUUUUAAGAAUGGAGUGGAUAAGUAUUGGCGGAAAACUGCACCCAAGCGCGGCUAGACUGUCCCCGUGAGUGGGACAGCCUGAUACCUACCCUGAUCGAUGCAAUCGGUUCUCAAAACUCAAUAGCCCAACACCGUGCUCUCCUGAUCCUCCACCACGUAGUGAAAACCCUCGCCUCAAAGCGCCUUGCUGCCGACAAGCAACUCUUCGAACAAUUAACCACCAACAUGUUCAACUUCAUUCUAAACCUCUGGAAUACCUUCACCGAAUCCUUCCUCAUUCUCCUUUCACAAGGUGCUGACGAGCCCCAAGUGCUAGAGGCCCUGGAGAAGGCCCUCCUCCUCCUGCGAAUUCUGCGAAAUCUUCUGGUCAACGGUUUUCCAAAUCUGUCGAAAUCCGAAGACGCCAUUAUGUUCCUCAAAGUCACAUUCUCCCGAGCGAAAGCUGCCCUCGAGUGUCGAAAAACAAUGAUGUGUCGAGAGAUGCAAAUCACCUCGUGCGAAAAAUUUAUCAUUCAACUGACGAAAGUAAUGCUCGGGACACUGGAGCGCCACCCAAGCUGUUACGUCGAGCUCAUCCCCUCAUCCUUAGAAUUUUCAGUGUUUUACUGCUUCACGGAAGCCGGCCAGCCCUUCGUCUUCGAGAAAUUUGUCAUCCAGUGCCUGAACAUUAUGAAGGACAUUCUGAUAAAGCCCGACUACAUGGUCGAACGUCCCCUAGGUAUAAUCAUCUCCAAAGACUCGGACGGCCCAAAAGAUCGUCUAGCCUAUCGAGGUGAGCAGCUCAAAGAAGAAUUCUUCACACCGGAGAUCCUCAAGGAGAUCAGCUCCUGGUUGGUCACCAGGUACUUCCUACUAACCCAGUCCGACCUGGAGCUCUGGAACACCGAUCCCGAGAAUUACGCAGUGGACGACUCCAGGGACUCCUGGAAGUACAGUCUUCGUCCCUGCGUGGAAUCCCUAUUCCUUUCCUUCUUCCCUCAAUUCCGAAAGCAACUAGUCUCAAUCCUAGUGGAGCUCAUGCAGAGGUAUCACCAACCCGUGGACCCCAAUGAUUUUCACGGAAUGCUCUUGAAGGACGCUGUCUAUCACGCCAUCGGUCUCGCUGCAUCUGACCUCUACGACGACGUUGACUUCAACACUUGGUUCUCCACGACGUUAAAGCAGGAGAUGAAGGUUUCCAACAGUAACUACAGAAUCGUUAAGAGAAGGGUUUGCUGGUUGAUCGGUAAGUGGAUAGGUGUGAACUUCAGUGGGAACUUGAGGCCAGAGUUGUAUAAAAUGAUAAUGGAAGCCCUUGGGCCCGAGGUAGAUCUCGUUGUGAGAAUUGAGGCAAGUGAUACCCUCAAACGAGCACUCGAUGAUUGGCAAUUUGACAGGGCAGAUUUUGCUCCAUACCUCGAGACAUCGUUCAAUCUUCUCUUCAAUUUACUGAGGGAAGCCACCGAGUGCGACACAAAGAUGCAGGUCCUCUACGUAAUCUCCUUCAUGAUUGAGAGGAUUGGUGAGCACAUAAAGCCCUAUCUGGCUGCAUUCACGAAUUAUCUGCCAUCCUUGUGGCAGAUCUCUGAGGAUCACAAUAUGCUGAGGUGCGCAAUUAUCUCGACUCUUGUACAUUACGAGAAAGCCUUGGGACCUGAGAGUGCCAUCCUGGAACCUGUUAUCGUUGGUAUGAUUGCUCUGAGUUGUGAUAUGAAUCAGGACGCCCAUGUCUAUCUCCUCGAGGAUGGCCUGCAGCUGUGGCUUGCACUCCUCGAGAACACACCAGCCAUAACUACAGGAGUCAUUGAUCUCCUCAGGAAUAUGCCAGCUCUUCUUGAUGCGGGACUCGACCAAGUCACGUUGAAGCCGGCUGUCUACGUUAUUCAGGAUUACGUGGUGCUGAGUCCUGAAACAUUCCUUGGAGAUAUCGGAGCUAGUAUUAUCGAGGGCAUCAAGGGCAUCAUGGGGGAUCUCAGGGAGCAGGAUCUCAGGAUGAUUUUCGAUAUGCUGGAGAAGAUUCUGAAGGUGCUGCCUGAGGAGGGGCCACAUAUCAUUAAGCCUCUUUUACCCAGGACUUUCAAUAUUAUUUACGUCUCGGAGGAGUCCACCAACCCUAGAACUCUUAAUAAUGCACUCAAGAUAUUUGCCAGGGUGUUGUUGAAUUCCAGAGAGGUGUUUUCCCAGGUUGUGAGUGAACUCACGAGUGAAACCGGUGGCAAUGCCACUAGUGAAACUGUGCUAGGAAGACUCAUUGAGGUCUGCGCGAUUGAUCACCGUGGGUUGAAUGAGGAUGUUAAGUUGAUUGGGCUUGCUUUGUGCUCGCUCCUUGAUAUUAAUAGUCCUGCUGUGGUUUUCCAACAGUUUUCGAAAAUUAUCGCGUACCUCACGGAUGGACUUAACGAUAUCAUGGCAAAUGAGGAUGAUUCUAAACCUGAGGUCGAUACUCUUGUUUAUGAUAAUUGCUCACCUGGUGAGGAUUGUUAUAGGGAGGACACGCCGGAGGGCAGCGUCAAGAACGAAUUACGCAAGAUCAAAAUGAACGAUAUUGUUCACACCGUGUGUCUCAGGCAAACACUCGAAAAUCAGAUGAUCGCACUUCGAAAGGUCAUGAGUCAAAAUCAAUUCGACCAAAUGAUUGCAUCUCUAAAACCCGACAUUAAUCAGCAGCUCAGAGAGUACAUCGCUUUCUGAUUUCAAUGGCAUGACUGAGAGCCAGUCUCCGUCGCAACUAAAAACUCUAACAUAAUGGAGUGAAGAUGAAGUAACGAAUUUCAACUAACACGAAUGAGUAUGAAAUGAAUUUAAAGAAGCGCUGCGAUUUUUUAAAUUGUACUGCAAAGUAAAUAUAGCAAGUGAUAAAAAAAGAAAGAAAAGCUUUUACGAGGGCCGUUGCAUUGUAAAACGACACUAUUCGAUUGUAUAUUAUCUGUUUCACUGUAUACUAUAAUGUUGAUAAUAAAAACUCGACAAGCGUCAGUGAUUUUUCUUAAUUCA